UGUAGUUGGACUGCUCUGACGGUGCUGUAGCCCUGUGCCUGUGUAGGGGAUUUACUAUCCGGGGCGGAGCUGCACAGUGAGGUCUCCUGUUACUGCUGUUUAUUUACCUGCGAGUGCCAGGUGCCGGCGACAAUGAGCGGGUUACAGAACAAUGACUUGAAAAGACAAUUUCUCAUGGAGCGAUUACUGGAUGCAGUAAAGCAGUGUCAGAUUAGAUUUGGAGGACGCAAGGAAAUUGCUUCAGACUCCGAUAGCCGAGUUAUUUGUUUGUGCGCUCAGUUUGAAGCUGUGCUUCAGCAUGGCUUGAAAAGAAGCAGAGGAUUAGCAUUAACAGCAGCAGCAAUCAAACAGGCAGCAGGAUUCUCAAGUAAAACAGAGACAGAUCCUGUAUUUUGGGUGUAUGUGAAAGAAAUUCUCAACAAACAUGAGCUUCAGAGAUUCUACUCUUUGAAGAACAUCAUGACCGAUAUAGGGAGGGGCCGUGCAUGGCUGCGCUGUGCUUUGAAUGAACAUUCCCUGGAGCGUUAUGUACAUAUGCUGCUUGGAGAUCCAAACAGGCUUAGUUUCUUCUAUGAAGACUGGUCAUUCCUAUUAGACGAAGAACGCUCCAGUAUGCUCCCUACCAUGGCAGCUGGUUUGAACUCCAUCCUUUUUGCAAUCAACAUUGAUAAUAAAGACCUGAAUGGACAAGCAAAAACAGGUCCUACAGUUUCCCAUCUUCUAAAGGAGUCUACACAGAAUGUCACCUCUUUACUUAAAGAAUCCACGCAAGGCGUCAGCAGUCUCCUUCGAGAGAUCACUUCAUCCUCUGCUGUCUCUAUUUUAAUCAAACCAGAGCAGGACUCUGACCCUCUUCCUGUGCUGUCUAGAAGUCUUACCUCAGAUGGCAAAUCUAAAAGAGAUCGAAAAAAGAAGAAAAAAGUGUCGACUAUCAUCUCGUUUGAUGAUGAUGGGGAUGUGGAACAUCCACAUCUGGUGGAGGUUUCAAAGUUCCAGAAGAGUGGCCUUGAGAGUUCACAAGAGCAGUCUGACAGGUCCUCGGCAGAGCUGCCUCUCUUUGAAGCGCAGUUUGAAUUAAACUUGCAAGACAAGGAAAACGCAGACUGUUCUUGGAAAAAUGAUUCUCCAUGUGUUAAUGGGGAUUUUGGCUAUAGAAAGCUGGACGUAAAAAGCAUUGAUGAUGAAGAACUAGAUGACUAUGACACAUAUCAGCCAGAACCUGUCAGCAAGUCGGAAGUUAGAGCUGAGAAAGAGUCUACUGAACAGACUCUUGUAGGAGGCUCAGAAAAACCCCAGGUUUGCUGCUGGACAUCAUUACAAGUGCUAACCAAUGAAGCUGAGGUGUUGUUUCCUGUCAAUGCUGCUGGUUCCUAUUCCCACUUAGAUUCCACUAUGGAUAAUUUGCAGUAUUCUGAUGAGAAUGAGAGUGCUGCCUUUGCUGUAGAGCUGGCUCAGAGAGGAUCAGACAUCCAGUUCAGCAUGGACGCCAGUCCUCCCGCUCCUGUGACUACAAUGAGUAGCAAACUGCCUGCAGCACAAGAGCCAGACUCAAUGACAGUUAGUGAACUUCAUCAAGCUGUUGUUCUCCUGAUGAAUAGAAAAGACGAGCUUGAACAGCAAAAUACAUCACUGAGAAACCUGCUUGAUUCGGAGAUGGAACAUUCUUCAGCACUCAGGCUGGAAACUGACAACCUGAGGAGGAAAGUGGCAGAACAGGAGGAGCGACAUGCAGCGAAAAUCCAGGCUUUGGCAAGGGAAAACGAAGUAUUAAAAGUCCAGCUGAAGAAGUAUGUUGGUGCAGUGCAGAUGCUGAAGAGGGAAGGAAGCAAUGACACAAUCCCAAACCUUCGCAAUAUUGAUGGAGAAAUUAUCCCAGAAGUAAAACCAAUGGUGGAUCAUGACGAGUUGGCCAGUUCAUAUGAACGAAAACUAAUAGAGGUUGCUGAAAUGCAUGGAGAGCUGAUGGAAUUCAACGAAAGGCUUCACCGUACUCUAAUCGCAAAAGAAACACUUGUGUCGCAGAUGAGACAAGAACUUAUAGAUCUGAGAGGGCCGGUCCCUGGAGAUUUGAGUCAAACAUCUGAGGACCAGAGUUUGUCAGAUUUUGAAAUAUCACACUGUGCCCUUAUAAAUGUUUGGAUACCCUCCGUUUUCCUGCGAGGUAAAUCAACCCACGCCUAUCACGUCUACCAGGUUUACAUCAGGAUUAAAGAUGAGGAAUGGAACAUUUAUCGAAGAUAUGCAGAGUUCCGGAGUUUACAUCACAAGUUGCAAAGCAAAUAUCCUCACAUUAGGACCUUCCACUUUCCACCAAAAAAGGCCAUUGGGAACAAGGAUGCAAAGUUUGUGGAGGAGCGACGGAAACAACUGCAGAAUUACUUAAGGAAUGUCAUGAACAAAGUCAUACAGACGGUGCCAGAUUUCGCUGCCAAACCCAACAAAGAAGGCUUAACACAGCUAAUGCCCUUUUUUAUUGACAUCCAAGGCAAUCCAGAGCAAGGCAGCAAAGGCAGCCGGCCAAAAGUGGUUUCCCGCUUUCCGAAAUUAUCUCGCAGUCACCAGAGAGAGUCACGGAACCCUGAGCCUCAGAGCGGGGACCUCUGACCUGUUACUCCGUAAUAACAAUAUAUUAGUAAUAUCAUUAGUUGGGUAUAGACGGCUGCUCUCAGCAAAAUGACUGUCCUGAAAUAGGUCACCUCGCUGCGUCGAGAUGAAGACAGAGGCCACCUCUGAGCAAUCACGUUUUUUGUUUGCUCGACCAUAUUUUUUAGGCUUUUCUUUAACUUCCACAUUAAUCACUCUUCUCACGGGGUCACUUAGAGCAUGGGCAUUUCAUUCCUUUUCUUAUUAGGCAGAAGCAUUAUGGUGGGAUACAGAUCUAUAAAAUGUUAUCUCAGUCUUUACUAUUAUCUUUCUAGGAACCAGUAUUAUUUUUGUCCCAAUGAGCAUUACAGAUGAUUGCAUCUGCUUAUUUUAUUACAGUAUUUUCCAACGACGGAGCUCUACUUGAGCUUACAAAAAAAAUAAAAAAUGUUUAUAUACAGGGGUUAGGUAUGUAACAACCUGCUAUGAUUACUUGGGUUUCUUUGGUAUUACAUGGAUUAGAUUGCGGGUGUUGGUUAAUAUAUUUCACUAUUUCUAAAACAUUACGAUAAUAGAGAGUAAAGGCUCCUGUACAGGCACUAAAGGACAUUCAGUCUGAAGGAUUAAUAUGGCGGAUGUAUUUGAGCCGCACUUACUAUAAAGCACUUUAUGCCUAUGAACUGGGUUUUAUAUUGCAAAAUAUCCCUUUUAAUAUGGCCAAAAUUUAAAUUAAUUAAAAGAUAAAUAAUAUGUAUAACAUUAA